AUGUUGAGAGCUACGUGUCUCUGGAGUUCGGCAGUGCUUGCUUUUCCUCUUGUUCAGUCUUCUGAGUCAACAUCUACGGAAGCGAGCAGCCUCAUUCAGCCUCGAUCCUCUUUGGUGCCCAUCGCAAAAACUCGUCCCCCGGUUGAGUAUGGAGAAGCGACGUAUGCUCGCACCAUAUAUACUGUGGUAUCAUUGCUAUGCAUGUUCCUACUUGCAGCACUUCUUGGCGCCCGGGGCAAGCAGUUGCGUAUUCACAACCUCAAAACCAUGAAUUUGAUUCGUUUCAUCGUGCUCUUGCUUAACUUUUUGGCAAUCGCUUUCGUCAUCUCUGUAGCCGUGCUUGAAAUUGGCUUGGGCCUGUCGACGGCUCCCGUGUGUCGUUCCGCCGUCAUCACAUGUCUUAGCUUCUAUGUUGCCAACAAAGUGAUCAUGUAUGUCCUCCUGGUCGAGCGCGCGCACGCAAUGCGAUCUGUCUACGUGAGUCGCCGGAAAGAUUGGAUCUGGCUCAGCGGAAUGCUCAUCGUUGGCAUCGGAUUCGGCACAAUCGCCAUUGUAGCCUUUAUUUGGCCCAUCUCAGAUAUGAGCGAGAUCGAUGGCAAGUGCCGGAUCGGGUUGCCACUCAAGGCCACAGUUCCACUUCUCAGCUACGAUGCCGCGCUCAACUUCGGAUUGACAUUUUUAUUCAUCUACCUCCUCAAGCCUCUCUUGAGCUUUGGGGGUCUUAUGGCAUUCCCGGCAAGCCCCUCCGAUCGAAUCAAGCGUCAGGACUAUCUGCAUCCGAUGAACACCAACUUUCUGAAGUCAAUCAAGAUGCUGCUCUGGAAAUCGGUAAUUGGGUCGAUCCUGGUAUCGCUGCCAACCAUCACAAACGUUAGCCUACUCUUCAGUAUGAAAGGAAGGGAGCUUGGCUGGCUGUGCUUCGUAUGUUGCACACUUGACGUCACUUGGGCUGUGUGUGUUCUACACUGGCUCACGGUUGAUCCUGCCGAAGUUGAUGGGACAACCGUAGCCUUGCUAGUCAAGCCGGACUCCACGAGUUCAGCAUCAUCAGCCGGUGGUGCGAAGCCUUCCUGA